CGAGGCAGGCCCCACCACCGACGUGAACCUCAGGCUGGAAGCUUUAAAGGGCAGUGUCCAGGGAAGUGGAGAUAAUUGACGGGAAGAUCCGUCGGAAGGUGGACCCAGAGGCAGUGGCCCCUCCCGGGACUUGGCCAUGCUGUCGCUCAACCAACCCCAAACAGAUUUCUCCCAUCUCAUCAAAUGCGCCGGAUUUAUCCGGAGGACAGAUGGCUGAUGAGCCCAGAGGCUCUCCCAGGUCCUCAACACCGGUGAGGAAACACAGCAAGACUGAUUUAGACACCUCCAACCUCAAGACGAUGCCCAAGGGCCUCUCCGCCAGCCUCCCCGACCUGGACUCCGAGUGCUGGAUCGAGGUCAAGAAGAGGCCCAGACCCUCCCCAGCCAGACCCAAGGCCAGCGCAGAGAAGGCCCCCUCGUUGCAGCAGCCGAAGGAAAAGGAGGACUUGGUGCGCUGCCUGCUGCCUCAGCCCGGCUCCUCGCCCUCCCCCGCCACCACAGGAACUAAGGACGGAGCGGAGCCGGACGAACCGGAGGAGCUGGACUUCAUGUUCGACGAGGAGAUGGAGCAGAUUGACGGACGGCGCAACACCUUCACCGAUUGGUCGGACGAUGAUACGGACGGCGAGAUCGACGACCAAGACGUCAACAAGAUCCUGAUCGUGACUCAGACGCCGCCCUACCUGAGGAAACACCCGGGGGGCGACCGCACGGGACACCACACCUCGCGCUCCAAGCUGACCUGCGAGCUCGGAAAAGUGAUCAACGACGGGCUCUUCUACUACGAGCGGGACCUGUGGGACGACACGUGCGAUCCCGAGUACGCCACCAUCAAGGUGAGCUCCUUCUGCGCGGUUAACCUACGAUUUAUUAUUUACUGUCACGGUUAGGGUCUACGGUUUUAUUUUACCAUCAACGAGAAGUGGACGGCCCCAACAUGUAAAGAAGAUGGAACAUUUUCUGCUCUACAUUGUGAGAGCAUUUGGGUUUUUUUCUUUGUCCCUUUUUAAAAAAAGUCUGAGGAACAGCGGUGAAGCAAUAUGUAGUGUUUGAUUUUGAUUAUUACAAAAAUAAUAUACUUAUAUUGAGCCAGGCUUUAGUUUAAAUAACUUUUUUGAUAUGACAAUCUGUGAGCCUGAAGUAAAAAAUUAAACUCCAAAGUCUGAUUCGAAGGUUUUCAAAUGUUACUUGGCAAAUUGUUAUUUUUAAAUUUUGACUUUUGUAUGCAUGAAAACGAGCUAUUAUGGGUUA